UCUCGUAUGCUCCUCCCCUCUCUGUCCUCUAUCUCUCCUUCCCUCUCUGUCUCCCAUCCCCUUCUCUCUGUCCUCUAUCUCUCCUCCCCUCUCUGUCCUCUAUCUCUCCUCCCCUCUCUGUCCUCUAUCUCUCCUUCCCUCUCUGUCUCCCAUCCCCUUCUCCCUCCUUAUCUCUCGUAUGCUCCUCCCCUCUCUGUCCUCUAUCUCUCCUUCCCUCUCUGUCUCCCAUCCCCUUCUCUCUGUCCUCUAUCUCUCCUCCCCUCUCUGUCCUCUAUCUCUCCUCCCCUCUCUGUCCUCUAUCUCUCCUUCCCUCUCUGUCUCCCAUCCCCUUCUCCCUCCUUAUCUCUCGUAUGCUCCUCCCCUCUCUUUUCCCUCCUCUACCUAUUUCCUUAACUAUAUAUGUACUCUCCUUUCCUCUAGACUGGCAGAUCGCCACCCUGUCCUUGUUGCUAGGCGGAGCUGCUCUGGUCCUGCUCUCCUUCCUGGUGGUCCUGGUGUCAGUGUGUAUCGGCUCUCGGAGACGCUUCAACAGACCUGUCGCUGUCAUGCUGUUCGCUGCAGUGGUGUUGCAGGGCUGCAGUCUGGUCCUCUACCCCAUCAAGUUCACUGAGACCAUCAGCAUGAGCAUAUACCACGAGUUCAACUGGGGUUACGGCCUGGCCUGGGGCGCUACCAUUUUCUCCUUCGGCGGGGGGAUCCUCUACUGCCUCAACCCUAAGAACUAUGAAGACUACUACUGACCCUGCUGGACUGUACCACUGUGA